AUGGCCGCCAAGUCGACAAUCGAACUCCCUGUCGGGGACGUGGAUAGCUACGACUAUGUGAUAGUCGGCGGGGGAACUGCUGGCUGCGUCAUUGCUAGCAGGCUGGCGGAAUACCUUCCCCGGAUGAGGAUCCUGCUUAUUGAAGCCGGGCCGAGCGAUUUCAUGGACGAUCGCGUGCUCCUGCUGAAGGACUGGCUGAAUCUGCUGGGAGGAGAGCUGGAUUAUGAUUAUGGCACCACUGAACAGCCAAUGGGUAAUAGCCACAUCCGACACUCUCGCGCAAAGGUGCUUGGAGGCUGCUCAAGCCAUAAUACCCUAAUUUCCUUCCGUCCAUUUGAAUAUGACUGCAAGGUGUGGGAAAGCAAAGGGUGCAAGGGAUGGUCCUUUGAUACCUUUACCCGGGUCCUCGAUAACCUGCGCAACACGGUCCAACCCGUCCAUGAUCGCCACCGAAACCAGCUCUGCAAGGACUGGGUCCAUGCCUGUUCAAGCACCUUUGACAUACCCGUUAUCCAUGACUUCAACAAGGAAAUCCGCUCGACCGGGAAACUAACCGAAGGGGUUGGCUUCUUUUCCGUGUCUUACAAUCCGGACGAUGGCCGUCGCAGCAGUGCCAGCGUUGCGUACAUCCACCCGAUCCUGCGAGGAGAAGAGCAUAAGCCCAACCUCACCGUUUUGACCAACGCUUGGGUGUCCCGCGUGAAUGUGUCCGGAGACACCGUGACCGGGGUGAAUCUCACCUUGCAAUCCGGCGCGCAACGUACCCUCCGUGCAAAGCGGGAGACCAUCCUCUGCGCCGGCGCAGUCGACACGCCUCGCCUCCUCCUGCACUCCGGCCUGGGACCCAAGGACCAACUCUCCGCCCUCUCCAUCCCCGUGGUCAAAGACAUCCCCGGCGUCGGCGAGAACCUGAUCGAUCACCCCGAAUCCAUCAUCAUCUGGGAGCUCAACCAGCCCGUCCCGCCCAACCAGACCACCAUGGACUCAGACGCAGGCAUCUUCCUCCGCCGCCAGCCCCCCAACGCCGCGGGCUUCGACGGCGAUGCCGCAGACCUCAUGAUGCAUUGCUACCAAAUACCCUUUUGCCUCAACACCACCCGCCUAGGCUACGAUACCCCCAUUGACGCCUUCUGCAUGACUCCCAACAUUCCGCGCCCGCGCUCCCGCGGCCGUCUGUACCUGACCUCCGCAGACCCGGCCGUCAAACCGGCCCUGGACUUCCGCUACUUCACCGACCCCGAGGGCUACGACGCCGCGACCAUCGUCUACGGGCUCAAGAUGGCGCGCAAGGUCGCGCAGCAGUCGCCCUUUAAGGAAUGGAUCAAGCGCGAGGUUGCCCCGGGGCCCGAGCUCACCACCGACGAGCAGUUGAGCGAAUACGGCCGUCGCGCCGCCCACACCGUCUACCAUCCCGCGGGAACCUCGAAGAUGGGCGAUGUCGCGCGCGAUCCGAUGGCCGUUGUGGAUCCGGAGCUGAAGGUUCGGGGGUUGAAGAAGGUGCGCAUUGCGGAUGCGGGUGUGUUCCCCGACAUGCCCACUGUCAAUCCCAUGUUGACUGUUUUGGCGAUUGGCGAGCGCGCGGCAGAGUUGAUUGCGGAGGAGGCGGGGUGGAAGGGAGUUGUAUCCAAACUAUAA